GUGAUGAUGGCGGAAGAGGAGCUGCUUUGAGUUCUCUCGCAUUUUUUUAUUUUAACAUAAUAAACUGUAAAGAAAUAUAAUUUGCCUCCUCCGUCUCCUUACCCGGGACAAUGGGGAACGAAGCCAGCCUCGAGGGAGGUGGACAACCUGGGGAACCAGGCUCCGCGGUCUCUAUGGCGGGAGCUCCGGGAUCCAUUUCAGCACCAUCGGGCUCUGGACAGCUCAUCAAGCCCAGCAAUGGUGCUGCAGCCGGCGGAGGAGCGGCGGCCGGACCGGGGACAGGCAUAAACAGGCUUGCCGGGAGACCGAGCCAGAUUGAUCAUGCGUCCGGGCCCAGAACUGGGAGCCAGUCUGCCUAUGGUGACAGUAGAGCAGGGGGAGGUGGCCGGACGGAGCCUUACAGACUCGCUACCCAUGAAAGUCCCCAUCAGCCGCCACCCUCACCGAGCCUGGGUCAGGGGCAGCAUGCCGCCAGACGCAACCUCCAGGUGGACAUCGGUGGCGCCAGGAAAGGGAGGUCGCCGUCCGUGUCUCCUGAUCGAGGCAGCGCGCCCACCUCGCCCUACUCAGUGCCCCAGAUUGCACCCAUGCCCAGCAGCAAGCUGUGCCCAGUGUGUAACACCACAGAACUGACCUCCCACGACCAGCCAAACUUCAACACAUGUACGGAGUGCCAUGCCACAGUGUGCAACCAGUGUGGAUUCAACCCCAAUCCUCACCUUACAGAGGUCCAGGAGUGGCUGUGCUUGAACUGCCAGAUGCAGAGAGCCUUAGGAAUGGACAUGACCACUCCACGCUCCAAGAGUCAGCAGCAGAUCCACUCUCCUUCUCACCAAGCCAAACCAGAGCCCCAGCCCCAGCUGAAACCCCAGGUCCAGCCACAACCCCAACCGAAAUUCCAAACACAGCCCCAGCCAAAACCCCAACCCCAGCCACAACCCCAGGCACAACCCCAGCCCAAACCCCAGCCCAAACCCCAGACCCAGGCCCAACCCCAACCCCAGGCUUCCCCAGGCCUACACAGACAGACUGGGCCAACUCCUGCCUCUCAGCUGGGGCCACAAGGUGGGCCAGCAGCUCACCACAUGAGGUCCGACCCCCAAGCCCAGCGGGGGCCAACCAGCCAAGCCCAGACCCUGGGGAGACAGGACCCCAUGGGCAGGGGCUCCCAGUCUGGGAUGGGACCAGUCCAGGGCAUGGCCAAGGCACCAUCCCAGCCUGACCUGUCCCGUUCAUCCCCCAUGCACCAGCCAAGCCGACAGGACCAGAUCCGCAGUGCCGGGAGCUCCCCCGCACGGCAGCCCGCGCCGCCCCAGGAGCAGCCGCAGGAUGGCCUGACCGGGAAGCUGUUUGGUUUCGGGGCGUCCCUUUUAAACCAGGCCAGCACCCUCAUGUCGGUGGACCCACUGCAGGGCGCCCAGCCUCAGCAUUCCCCUGCUCGCGUGGCUCCGAAAGUGGUUUUCAGUGACGCCAGCUCAGCAGCCAGCAAGCCCCGAGGCCCUGCGGCUGCACCCGGGGCUGUCCCAGGCAAGCCGGGUGGAGCCCCCUUCCCACUCGGGCCGCAUGCCCCACCCCAGCAGACACCCACGCAUCAUCAACAGGCGACGCCACAACAAGAGUCACCACUCAAACAGCAGCAUCAACAAAAGCAGGCCAGACAGGAGCCUGCUCCCCAACCCAAGCAGCCCGAGAGGCCCAAAGUCAACUGCCCGCUGUGCAAGACAGAGCUCAACAUCGGCAGCACAGAGCCACCCAACUACAACUCCUGCACGCAGUGUCACACACAGGUCUGCAACCUAUGUGGAUUCAACCCCACACCCCACCUUGUGGAGAAGAAAGAAUGGCUUUGCUUGAAUUGUCAGACUCAGAGGUUGAUGUCUGGAGGAUUGGAAGAUCCACCACUUCCCAUCCCUCAAAUGUCGCCAAAACACCAGCCAAUGGGCUCACCUCGACACCAUCCACCGGCCAGCCAACAGCAGGUGCAGCAGCCACCACACCCGAAAACUCCCAGUCAGCAGCACACAGGGCCAAAGCCAGCGCAACAGCCGCAGCCAAAACCAGCAUCUGUUCAAGGAAGUGGACCUUUUGCUCCUGUGAAGCAGUCAGUAGAGACACGGCAGGACAAGACCCCGAUUCAGCCUGCGUCCACCCUCACUAGUGAGGCACCAAGACAGCAGAAGACUACAGAAAAGGACAAGAUAGCACCAAAAAUAGAAAAAGAAGAUGAGACUCCCGCUCUCCCCACAGAGAUCAAGCCAGUGGCAAAGAAGGGAGCACCAGAGCAGGUUGCUGUGACUACACCAGUGAAAGAUGUCAAGAAAACUGGGGAGCCCCAGAAGUCUAGGCAUCAUGACGAGACAAACAAGUCCAGCACACAAGAUAUUUCCCGAAGCCCUCAGAGUCUGAGUGACACAGGCUACUCCUCAGAUGGGAUCUCCAGUUCUCACAGUGAGAUCACAGGGCUGAUCCAGGAGGAGGAGAUGAAGCUGAAUGAGCAUGGCCUGAGUGAGGACAGUCCCCCCAGCCCUUCAGAGAUCACAAAGCUGGAGAGCUCGAUGCGCCCCCUGCUGGAGUCGAAGUCAAUUCCAGACCAGGAAGAGGAAGAGGAAGAGGAAGAGGAAGUGAGGGGGCGGGGGAGGCAUCAGCGGGACUCCAGAGACAUUGAUGACAAGAAACAGAGACCUCGGUCCCUUUCCAUCACCCCUGAGUCAUUCGACUCAGAUGAGGAGCUGGAGGACAUCCUGGAGGAGGACGAGGAGCCGGCGGACUGGGAGAACCAGCGUGAUGUCAGGAGCAGUGUGGCAGAAUCAUCUGAUGACUUCAGCAGCAAGCUGCGUCAUGACUACGUGGAGGACAGCAGCGAAAGUGGGCUGUCCCCUCUCCCAGGCAGGCAACGAAAACAAGAGACAGAGAUGACCGAUGAGGAGUUCAUGAGGAGGCAGAUCUUGGAAAUGAGUGCAGAUGAAGAUAAUGAGGAAGAUGAGGAUGAAGACUACAGUUACCAAAAACCAAAAAAGAGCCAUAAGCACAGCACAGAUUCAGGGAAAGAAAAACGUCGCCUCACUCACCACUCCAGCAGCUUUGAGGAGGACAGCAAAGGAGCUGAUGAUGCCUACCAGGGUGUUGGAGAAGAUGGAGAGGAAGACCUGAUGGCGACCCAAGGAGGUCUCCGCCGUUUCAAGACUAUUGAACUGAACAAUACAAGCAGUUACAACCGUGAUAUUGAGCUCAGUAAUGAGAAUGACCUCAGCUUGGACAGGGAACCAGAGCUGGAAAUGGAAAGCCUGACAGGCUCUCCAGAUGAGCGGUCAAGGGGGGAAUACUCUUCAACUCUCCCUCCUACAACUCCGAGUUACACCUCUGGCACGUCUCCCACAUCGGUCUCCUCCAUGGAGGAUGACAGUGACAGCAGCCCCAGCCGCAGACAGAGACUAGAAGAAGCUAAGCAGCAGAGGAAAGCCAGGCAUCGUUCUCACGGUCCACUUCUGCCGACUAUUGAGGAUUCAUCUGAAGAAGAUGAGCUAAGAGAGGAAGAGGAACUGCUACGGGAACAGGAAAAGAUGAGAGAAGUAGAACAACAGAGGAUUCGAAGCACAGCAAGAAAAACCAAGAGAGACAAGGAGGAGCUGAGGGCACAGAGACGUAGGGAGCGAUCAAAGACCCCUCCCAGUAACCUCUCCCCCAUUGAGGAUGCAUCUCCAACAGAGGAAUUAAGACAAGCAGCGGAAAUGGAGGAGCUUCACAGAUCCUCCUGCUCAGAGUAUUCCCCCUCUAUUGAUUCGGAGGCAGAGGGCUUUGAGAUAUCUUCCAAACUCUAUAAGUCUGGUAGUGAGUACAACCUGCCAACAUUUAUGUCACUCUACUCUCCGACUGAGAAACCAACUACCACCACCUCCUCCUCAAGCAGCAAACCACUUAAAAGUGCAGAAGAAGUCUAUGAGGAAAUGAUGAGGAAGGCAGAGAUGUUACAGAAACAACAAAAGCAGCAGACGCAACAAGUGAGGCAAGGGCAGCAGUACGACGACACAUAUCAACAAGAAGAAAUAAGGAACGGACAUCAGCAACAGUAUGAUGAAGACUAUGAUUACAGCAACCAGGAGGAGACUGGCUACGAAAACAAUGUAUCAGAGACUGAAAACAUCUAUGAAGAAAUUCUUCAGACAUCUCAAAACAUAACCAAGAUGCACCAGUCUUCCACUGCUGACCUGCAAGAGCAGCCAGAUGAUCAGAUGGACAUUGAUAGCUCCUACCCAGACAAGCAGCUUUUGGAUACUGGGUCAGCAUUUGCAAAAUUACUGGAACAAAAUAACGCCCUCCUUACACCAGGGACAAGCCCAACUCAGCUCUCAGCACCAGUUUCAUUUGCCUCCACAGGGACUGAAGCCAGCACAACCCCAGGGAGAGGGAUUCCAGAUGUGCGAGUGACACAACACUUUUCAAAAGAAGGAUCAAAGGAAAGAAUCAGAAGUCAGACCACCAAAAAUGGUGUUGUUCCCGUUGUUGCUACCACCAUAGCCGCUUAUGGGGUUUACUCUAGGGAUGCUGUGACUGUUACCCAGACAAUUGUCAGUCAGACUGUAACUACAACUCAGUCAACAAUGUAUGGGCGGCAAGCAACUGGCUCAAAUGUUUCCAGCAAAAUAGCAGAGAUAACUCAGGCCUACAGUCAGAGGGACAUUCCUGGGAGGAGAGUUGCAGAGAGCCGGGGUGUUCAAGUCAGAGACAGCACACAAGUGACACCCUCUGAGCCAGAAACAGAAUCCCUCACAUCCAAAGUCUUUUCGUAUUUCAAAGGCUCAAGCCCCCCUCUCUCUCCUACUGCCUCUCCCACACAGAGCCCCACACGAUCACCAUCCAGAGUAGCCACAGCUGAAUUCUCCACACAAACUCUCGGUCCUGGUGUGUCAGUUGCACCUUCAGGCUCUGGUGCUACCUCCCCAGUAAUGGCACAAGGAACUCAGACGCCACAUAGAGCAGUUUCACCACGCCUUUCCAGACAGCAGUCCUCUCAAGAUUCACCCUUCAUGGUAAUAACACUAGGGUCUGAGGCUACCAGCCCUCCUAAACCUUUGACAGUCAACUCAUCCACCUCUCCCCUCUCCUCACCAACAAGGUUAAGUCGUCAGUCAACUUUUGAAACCUACACUACAACAACUUCCCCAACGUCCCCACCUCAACAAUCACCACAACACAUUAUAUAUAAGACACCGACUGUGGAAAAAGUAAAUGUUGGCACAAGCAUGGUGACCACUGCAAGCACUUAUAGCAGAGGAUCAUUAUCCAUGGAAAAUAUAUCCCUCUGUAGAAUAUCCACUGUUCCUGGCACAUCCAGGGUUGAGCAAGGUCAAAUGCUAUCAAGUAGCAGUGUGGUUGAUCUGAGAACAGCAACAAAGCCAGCCCCUAUUAUCAUGACGGAACAAGGUAUGGAUCUUACAUCUUUAGCAACAGAGGCGCGCAAGUACUCUGGCGAUGCUGACACAAGCCCGGUUCGACAUUCCACUGCCGUUCAGCCACUCAUUAUGAAUCUGAAUGCCCAAGAACAUGUGGCGGUUUCAACGGCGACAACUGUUAGCAUCACUGUAGCAGCUUCAAUGUUCAUAUCUCAGCCCAAGCAACCAGUGGUUUAUGGUGAUCCUGUGCAGCACCGGGUAGACCUUGGUCAGGGAGUGGGAUCAGCAGUGUGUCUGACACAGAACAAACCACCACCAAUUGACCCAUCCAUUCCAAACAUAGAUGCCAAACUGGAGGACUUAAGCAUUCAGCAGCAGCUACUGCUGAAGCAGCAACAGAAGCUGCAAGAGCAGCAGCAGCAGCUAGAGCAGCAGCUGCAGCAGCAUCACCAACAGCAACAGCAGCAGGCAGCUUCUUUUGCCAGGUUCAACUUAGUGAACCAAGUCCAACCUCUGCUGAAGAAAGACUUGCUGGUGAACCAGACAAGCAAUGCACAGGCAGUAGUCAGUGCUAUCCCUAGAGUGUCACCACUACCAGAUACAGCUAUUCCCAGUGCACUUUCCCCAGCUCUUUCUCAUGAGAUGUAUGGCGUAAGUAGUCUUCCAUUAGAACUGAAGAGUAAACCCGGCAUCAUGAAUCUCUCUGCUGUCAAACCCCAUGUCAUGGUGGUACAGUUGGACAGUGCCUCACAGGGAGCACCAGUGACCCAGUUAGUCAAACCAGAAGAGCCACAAGAUGCCAUGGACCUGACUGGGCAGAUCAAAGGAGAGAAUCAGGUGGCCUGCUGCGAUGUUGUCUACAGAUUACCCUUCGGUGGCAGCUGUGCAGGGCGCCCUGUUUCUCAAAAGCCAAAAGUGGCAGAGAAGCCUCGCACGACAGAACCUUUGCAAAGCAGCCGUCCUCCCUCUGCACCUCCUCAGUUCUAUGGAAACCGGCCACAAGAACCUAGCCAGGAGAGCUACCCAUACCAUGAGCAGGUUACUGGAAGGUUACAGCCAUCUAUGUCAGACACUAAUCUUGCAGAGACUGGUGUCCAUCUCUAUCAGACAAAGAAUGACCCUAAUCUGUAUGGAUCUGGAGAGCUAGCCAUGGAUCUGAGCACCGUGAAGCAAGGCUAUGAUGGAGGGUAUCUUGGCAUGGGUCUGCAGUAUGGAUCCUACACAGACUUACGUCAUCAGGGGGAUGUAAUGAGUCAGACUUUACCUAUGCGGAGGUACAGCUCAAUGUCAAAUAUUAGCACAGAUUAUGGCUACUCAUUGCAAGAUCUUUCUAGUUUCCAAGAAUCUAACUUGGCUCAAUAUAGUGCCACCACUGCCAGGGAAAUCAGUAGAAUGUGUGCAGCUCUCAACUCAAUGGACCAGUUAGGGGGUCGAUAUAGCAACACCCCUGAUCUGUUGCAGUAUGGCUCUACAAGGGGAGCUGGUCCAGCAGGAAGACUUAAUAUACAACAAGGGUUAGCAUCAAUGAAAGCCAACUUGAUACACGCCCCUGAUGGGCGGCAACCUGCGCAUGGUCAGGCAUAUACCAAUUUAGUCAAUGCCAGACAAGCAACCUUACGAGCAAUGUAUCCAUCUGCAUUUAGAGCUGCCGACGGCAUGAUCUACUCCACUAUUAAUACCCCCAUAGCCUCUACCUUACCAAUCACUACCCAGCCUGCCUCUGUCCUGAGACCCAUGUUGAGGGGAGUUUACAGACCUUACCUUGCAGGUAACGUGACUGCUGUACCUUUGGCAAGCCUUACCAGGAUGCCUCUUGUUUCUCCAAGAAUGCCUCUAUCCUCACAGGGACCUUACCGCUAUCCUCCUCCAAACCGCUUCCCAGCAACCUCUGUUCCGGUCAAUGUGCCUGCCUCUACCACAGCCAUUGACACACCUGUUUACCUUGGGAAGCCGUCAGUGACCACAGCACCUACAACUACUUCCGCGCCAGUAGCUCAACAUGCUAGCCAUGUAGUUGGACACACUAUACAGACAGCAGGUGCCCAUACCACAACGGUGCCUAUCCAAACACCUGUUGUUGUGCCUACUAAUCAACAGCAACCACAGCCUCAUAUUCCAAUGCAGCUAACUCAGUAUCAGCAACCACCUCCCCAGGUUCAGGCAGCAGUACAGCCUCCUGCUCAAUCACAAGUACAGCCCCCAUUGCAACCACUAACUCAGUCUCAAACCCAUCCCCAAGUGCAACCGCAAGUGCAGCCCCAGAUGCAACCCCCACCCCAGCCUCAAAUGCAAUCACAAACUCAGCCCCAAAUUCAACCCCAAGCUCACCCUCAUAUGCAACUUCAAAGUCAGCUCCAAAUGCAGCCUCACAUUCAGCCUCAAAUUCAGCCUCAAGCUCAGUCUCACAUGCAACCACAAACUCAGCCUCAGCUCUAUCAGACCCAAACACAGCCUCAGGCUGUCCCUCAGGCUGCGCUAGCACCCGCAGUCAGCACUGCCACCAGCAGCAGCAGCCCAGAGAAAGAGAGGGAAGAAGACAGACUGCGUAGACAACAGGAGCAAUUAUUGCAAUUGGAACGAGAGCGUGUGGAGCUUGAGAAAUUGCGACAAAUGCGUUUGCAGGAAGAGCUGGAGAGAGAGCGUCUGGAGCUGCAGAGACACAGAGAGAAAGAACAAAUGUUGGUGCAACGGGAGAUGCAGGAGCUGCAAAAUAUCAAACAGCAGGUCCUGCAGCAGCAACAAGCUGAAAGAGAAUCUCAGCUGGUCAUGCAGAGAGAACAGUUAGCUCAGCAGAAAGCACAGCUGGACCAGAUCCAAUCACUACAGCAGCAGCUCCAACAACAGCUUGAAGAACAGAAAAGGCAGAAAACUGCUGCUGCGGCUGCAGCAGCAGCAGCUGCUGCAGCAGCAGCUUCAGCAACAGGGACAACUGCUACAACCACUCAAGGUGCAACACAGGGGGUAGCUGUGGUUGGAGGGGCAGGUCCUCAGGGAUACACUGUCAUCUGUGAUUCCACUGGCAGGGUAAUUCAGCAAGAUGUGCCAUCUGAUCAUCAGCGGCCAACGGGCCAGAAUGGACAGCUCUGGCAACCUUACACUGAAGGACAGUCUUCAAGGCCUCUGCCCAGCUCAGCCUCGGAUAUAUCACUAAGGAACAAUGAGGAGCUAAUUGAGAUGAGGGCCAUGAAGAAGCGGAACUCAAUGCCUCGUUUGAGAGAUGGGAUAGAAGGAGAGGAAAGCCAGCUAACCGUGAAGAGGAUUGUUGACAGCAGUGUUCAGACUGAUGAUGAAGAUGGGGAAGAGAGGUUCCUGAUGGCACGGCGAAGGAGAACAAGACGCAGUGUAGACUGCAGCGUUCAGACUGAUGAUGAGGACAAAGAAGAGUGGGAGCAACCGGUACGGCGCAGGCGAUCACGGUUUUCAAAGCACUCCGAUUCCAAUACAGAGGGUAAAAUUGACACAUCGAAAGUGACCUCGUCAAGCAUCGCAACCCAGACCAUCCGUGACUGUUCAAGUCAAACUGAACAUGACCAAUUAGGGAGAGUUUCUCCAGCUAUUCACAUCACCACACCGGAUCCAAAGGUGCAGAUUGUGCAUUACAUUUCAGGCCCUGAGAGGACCCAGAAAGGGGAAAGCCUUGCCUGCCAGACCGAACCUGAGGCUCAGUCUCAAGGAGUGGUCAUCCCUCAGCUCAGUGUGCCGACCACCAUAAGUCCUUACUCAACAGGCAUGCAGCUUGUCACUGAUCCGCUGUCCCCACGACAGCAAAUGGUGACCAAAUUUGAGAGAAGGAAGCCUGACCCCCUUGAGAUCAGCUACCAGUCACACCACUUGCACAAUGAGUCCCUGUCUAGCCUGAUACGUCAACCUCCCAAGUCACCUCAGGUGCUUUAUUCUCCUGUUUCUCCACUUUCCCCUCAUCGCCUACUGGAGACCUCAUUUUCCUCCAGUGAGCGUCUCAAUAAAGCCCAUGUCACACCACAGAAGCACUUUACAACAGAGUCUCCACAGCGUCAGCAAUCUCUGCCCCGGCCAAUGAAGAACGUACAAAGAUCAAUGUCAGACCCAAAACCCCUCAGCCCAACAUCAGAAGAUGCAACUAAGGCCAGAUUUGCUUUGUACCAACAACAAGCUCUCCAAAGUCAGCUUGCAGCCCUGCAGCAUAGCUCAUUGAUGCGAAAAGUAAAGAGGACACUGCCUAGUCCACCACCAGAGGAAACCUUCUCUAUUAUCACUCCCACCCUCCCUCAGAUGUACGGAUCUCCCACUCUGCCUCAGAAGAUGGGGUCCCGACCAAUGUUAGCCAACAAGGCCAGCCUCCUGAAAGACAUCACCCAUGAGUUGAAGGUGGUAGAGCAGGAGUCCACAAAGCUGCGCAAGCAACAAGCUGAGCUGGAGGAGGAGGAGAAGGAAAUAGAUGCCAAGCUUCGGUAUUUAGAGCUGGGCAUCAACCAGCGCAAGGAGACCCUGCUGAAGGAGAGGGAGAGGAGAGAGCUGGCCUACAUUCGGUGCAUGGGAGACAGCAGGGACUACAUGUCAGACAGCGAGCUUAACAACUUGCGGUUGGCGACAGCCUUUGAGGGCAACGGUCUGUUGACGAGACCAAGCACAGCACCAUUGAACCAGUUUUCCACAGAACAACUGAACACAGCUCAGUACCCUCCCACCUCCUCUUAUGUCACUUACCAGUACCCACAAAGCCAACCACAGCCACAGGUGCCCACCCCUUACCAGCAAACAGGAUUCCAGCCCCCUCAGUACCCUGCUGUUACACAGGCUCACCCUCAGCCGAGUGCCUUGCCACCCCAUCCCCCUCCCCCAACCUACCAAGCACAGAGUGCGUUCCCGCCUCACAGCUUCCCUCAGAGCCAGCCCCCCUAUCCAACAGACUUGGGAGGUCAGCCGAGCCACCCAGGGUUUCAGCCUUCUCUUGGUCCUCCCUACCCAUCACAGACCCUGCCAUACCCAAGCCAGCCGUCCUUCCAGACGGGCCCAAGUAUGCCUUUUCAGCCAACAGCAGAGAUCCUCACUGUUCACCAGAGGCCUCGACAGACCUCCUUGGCUGACUUAGAGCAGAAGGUUCCUACUAACUAUGAAGUCAUCAGUACGCCCACUGUGGUAGUGACUACCACAGCUCAAGAUGUUACCUACACCUCUGCAACUGUGGCCAAUACUUAUGGACAGUACACUACGACUGUAGCCAAUACUUACGGACAGUACACCACGACUGUAGCCAGCACUUAUGGACAGUACACCACAUCUGUUGCCAAUACUUAUGGACAGUAUAAACCACCAGAAACAACCCUGUCAGACCGGAUACACUCUGCAGAGAGUCCUUCCUCCGCCUACACCUCGGAGGGCCUCUACACCAACCUUGAGCAGAACAUCCCAAGAAAUUAUGUAAUGAUAGAUGACAUCAGUGAGUUGACAAAAGAGAGCAUGGGCACCUCCUCGGAUAUGCACAAGACAGACGCCCAUGGACACCCUGCCAGCGGACGCUACGGGAGUGAGACCGGCCCUGCGAGAGUGAGUGGCUACGGCAGAACCGAGGAGGAGUCAGAGGAAGACCUGUACGACCACCAUGGCAGGGGUAAGAGCACAAGCAGCUACCACCAGCGUGGUUCAGACAGUCAUGGCCGAAUGGGCAGCAGCAGCAGUAGCAUGGGUGGGGGAUCCUCCUAUUACUAUGACGACUACAAACACUCCACGCGCUCAGACAAACAUGGCUCCAGCAUGGGUGUCCAGAAGCAUUCCUCCAAGAGCUUGGGCCCAGCUGUUGUGUCCUCAAAGCGAAGCAAACACAGAAAACAAGGCAUGGAGCAGAAGAUUUCCAAGUUCUCUCCCAUUGAAGAAGCUAAAGAUGUGGAGUCUGACUUAGCCUCCUAUACCAUAACCACAUCAUCUGGUGGUAGCUGCACUGUAGUAUCUAGGGCCAAGAAGCUUCAGGAUGACAUCACUUAUGGGUUGAAGAAGAACAUCUAUGAUCAACAAAAGUAUUACGGCAUGUCCAGCCGUGAGGCCCUGGAGGAAGAAGACCGCAUGUACAGCUCCGGGAGGUCAAGGUCGACAGGCUACGGGAUGGACAAGAUCUCUUCAAGAGAUUCGGGCAGCCAUAGGAGCAAGUCGUAUGACAGAGACGCUAUGGAUCGCUCCCAGAGGGGCAGUUACAGCCGUGGCAGGCCCUCGAUGCGUUCCCAAAACUCAGAGGAGGAGAGCCCGCUCAGCCCCGUGGGGAAGCCCAUGGGUGUUGGGCGAGGCUCUAUAGGGCCAGAGCCACCUGACAGUCGCAAUCAGUACGGCUCUAGCCACUCCUUGCCUGAUGUGCAGGACCACAUGAAGGACCUGCCAAGAAGCCACGUCUACAAACCAGAUGAUUCUUACAUUAUAGAUGAUAUGCAUUGUGCUGUGUCUGACAGCGAAGCCUAUCAUUUGGGACAGGAAGAAACAGACUGGUUUGAGAAGCCACGGGAGGCCCGCUCUGAUAGGUCCCGACACUAUGGAAGCAGUGGCCAUUCUUCCUCCCAGAGGAGGAGCCAUGUUAAACACACAUACCACGACUAUGACGAGCCCCCAGAAGAGGACCUCUGGCCACAGGAUGAGUACAGCCACUCACGUCACUCCUCAUCCCGUGAUCACAGACACCACGGUAGCAGCUCUGGGCGACACUCGUCCUCGUCUCGCCACUCUUCAGAGGAGCCGAGGUCAUCCAGAUCCUCUAGGGGUCAUCCAAAGGACCCCUCGAUGCGCCAUGACACCCGGGGUACAUCAUCUUCCUCAAAGAGGGGGAGCUCCGAAUCCCGGUCAUCUCAGGGCUACCACGGCUCUGACUACUCCCGUGACCCGUCUGGCCACCACCACGGCUCAGGGGGCCAGAGGACACAGAAGCAACAGUCGUCCUCCGGCCACCACCAGCAGACAUCCUCUAGAAAGCAGCAGGACUUGCAGUCUCACCCACCCUCGUCGAGACAGCAGGGGUCCGGGCAGCAGCAGCAGCGACAGUCAGGGGGGCCUCCGUCAGGGAGGCAGCCUGCGUCGCAGCAGCAGGAGGGCCUGCAGCAGCAGGGGCAGCAGAGCCAGCAGCCUCGCACCCAGCAGCAGCAGCAGCAGCAGCAGCAAGCGCAGACCUCUGCAGCACGACAGUCCCAGCAGCAGCCAGCAGGGGCAGCGCAGCAGCAGCAGCAGCAGCCAGCGCAGGCCCAGCAGCUGCAGGCAAAGCCUGGACCGGUCCAGGCUCGACAGCCACAAGCAGGAACACAGCCUGCCCCAGCGGCAAAGACGGACACAGCCCUUACACCUGGUUUGGCUGCCAAGCCAGCCGUGGCGCAGCCAGCAAAAACACCUCAGCCACCUCUGACAGGAAUUGGUUCAAAAGCGGCUCCCAGGCCCGGAGGGAUCGGAAGCGCAGCAGCGCCACAGCCAUCUAGCGAAGGGGAAAGUGUCCUCUCCAAAAUCUUGCCAGGAGGGGCAGCCGAGCAGGCAGGAAAACUAGGAGAAGCUGUGUCUGCUUUCGGCAAGAAAUUCACCUCCUUCUGGUGAGACGCAGAGCAGAGGGAAUGUCUGGAGCAGUUGUGGUGAACGUUGUGAGGCUUUGUACUGGAAAAACCUAUGAACUUCCCCCCUACUGUGUAUAUCAUUUAAGAGUGAGAGACAGAGAAAGUGGAACUCUGAGCGCAGCACAAAGCGGGAUUGGAAUCAAUGGAUGCCUUAUCAGCGCUAGAGAUCCCAGGCAAGAGUAGACGAUGGACGAGAGACCUUCACUGCUUCCUCUGGCAGGACAUGCUGACUGGUGUAAAGAGGAAAUGUUCUGGACUAAAAAUCUCCAUCAUUGGACAUAAACCUCUUCUGUUCUAAACUGCCCGCCAGUGGAUGGAGCACAGCAAGUUCUGUAAACACAUCUUUCCAGAUAGUCCAGAAGAUGCCCUCCUUAUUAUCCUGGAGAGACCCCCUGUAAAAAAAGCCCUGGUCCACACAAAAGAGUGCAUGUGCUGUUAAGAUGACCAGAGCCUUGCCCAUCUCCCCAGCUGACUGCUGAGUUCAGACCACUGAACUUUCACUUUCAGAUGGUCAUGGAGAGCACAGAAGACUGUUGUCUACGGGUGACACCUGCUUGGAAAAGAGAAGAGGCUGGUGUCUGCACCAGUUGAGCAGCUUGUUCAGACAGCUGGGAGAUUUGGGUUACAGAGGAAUAAGGCAAGCAUUUGGAAGCAGAAAACGUUUGCUGACUCCUCCAGAUGGAACGUCAUCUGCCAAAGUCUCUUUCCUUGCUUUGUGGCACUACCUCACUAGAAGUAA